GCUUGUUUGGCAGUAAUGACCCUCCGCCUCUGGGCUCCUACUGACCCAUGCGAGCAGCGCGUGGACGAAGAGCAGCUGUUUUGUUCAGAGCAGAGACCAACAUGUGAGAAGAUGUCUGUUGGAGGUUGUGCUUGCCCCGGCUGUUCGUCAAAGUCAUUCAAGCUGUACUCUCCUAAGGAGCCCCCCAACGGUGGCAGCUUCCCCCCCUUUCAUCCAGGCGCUAUGCUGGACAGAGAUGUGGGGCCAACACCCAUAUACCCACCUUCAUACAUGGAACCUGGAAUGGGGAGACCUACACCAUACGGGAACCAGACAGACUACAGGAUAUAUGAGCUGAACAAAAGGCUACAGAAUUGGACAGAGGAUUGUGACAAUCUCUGGUGGGAUGCCUUCACCACAGAGUUUUUUGAAGAUGAUGCCAUGCUCACCAUCACUUUCUGUUUGGAAGAUGGUCCCAAACGAUACACCAUUGGCAGGACAUUGAUUCCACGAUAUUUCCGAAGUAUUUUUGAGGGGGGUGCCACUGAGCUUUUCUACGUACUGAAGCAUCCAAAGGAGUCGUUCCACAGUAACUUUGUGUCUCUCGACUGUGACCAGUGCACCAUGGUUACCCAGAACGGCAAACCUAUGUUCACACAGGUUUGUGUGGAGGGCCGAUUGUACCUGGAGUUCAUGUUUGAUGACAUGAUGAGGAUCAAGACGUGGCACUUCAGCAUCAGACAGCACAGAGAAGUCCUCCCAAGAAGCAUUUUGGCUAUGCAUGAUCCUCAGAUGCUGGAUCAGCUGGCUAAAAAUAUCACCCGAUGUGGGCUGUCUAACUCCACACUCAACUACCUCCGUCUCUGUGUGAUAUUGGAGCCCAUGCAAGAACUAAUGUCCAGACAUAAGACAUACAGUUUGAGCCCCAGAGACUGCCUGAAGACCUGUCUCUUCCAGAAGUGGCAAAGGAUGGUAGCACCUCCAGCUGAACCAGCCAGACAAGCGCCAAACAAACGGCGGAAAAGGAAGGUGUCUGGUGGGAGCACUGUGAGCUCUGGUGGAGGCAGCAAUAACAACAGCAACAGCAAAAAGAAGAGCCCAGCCAACAGCUUUUCUCUCUCCAGCCAGGUACCUGACCUGGUUGGAACAAAAACCUGUACAGUGCCGGAGCUUGAGGACCGGAGUUGAGAACCACUACGCAAAAUCCUAAACACACACUCGACCUAAUGCUCACACGCUCACCUACACCUACAGCAUAAAACAUUGAGGUACUGGAGAAGCAUGUCUGGACUAGAUCACCAGACCAAUUCAGAAUUGUGUUUUCAUUUUCUCUGUUUUAAGACUUGUUUUAUUUUUAAUUUUUUGUAAACACUUUCUAAAAAAUAAACAACCAAGUAAACAAAAACACCCCAGAAUAUCCUUUGCACUGUUUUUUCCACUAUUAACUCCAAUCUAUUUUUCUUAUGAAUUCACCUUGUAUUUUUUUUUCUUUUUCUAUUAUUCCUAAUGUAAGAACUGUAAACAUCAGAAACCUGCAGUAUAUUAAUGUAUACAUAUUGCUGUUAGAUCAUUCUUAAUGUGAUGGUAAGAACUUUCAUGUAAGUUUGUGCUUGAUAUAAUGUCACCCAUGUGUACCAGACAUCAUUUUUAUGAGCUCCAUAAACCUCAGCGCGAGAAAACAGGUUUGGCAGAAACGAGGGUAGUCUUUUAAAAAUGGUACGACAUGUCAUUCAAUGUGAAUCCAAAGCAAUGCACUGGACACCAGUGUCUCCACGUAAUUUUCUACCAGCACCAUAUUUGGACCUGUUGUCUUGUCAUUCCAGAGCUCUUUGGUUUGUCUUGAAACCUCUUUCUGAGGGUGCUCUGUUUCAAAAACAACCACAGCUUCUCAAAUUUGCUACUCAAAAAUAUUUUAAAAACAAAGGGAUUGUAAAGUAAGAUAAAGACUUUUGUAUAACUUGUGUUUCCCAGAAGUGUUUUUACUGGCAAUUGAGGAAGCUGUAGACCAAGAAGUUACAUGUAAAGAUUCAUUGGAUAUUGAUUACACUGAGCUGUUUGUUUUAUGAACAAUUGUUUUGUUGGCUUUACUCCCCAUAUUUGUGUCUGUGCUUGUAUAUCUUUAGGUAGUAAUUUCUGUAAAAGUUAUUUGAUGUAUUCUCUUCCUAGAGCUAUGAGAAACUCAAUCUAAUGUAAAGAGAUGGAAAUCCUCUUAAAGUUUUUUAAACAUGAUUUUUAACAGUACAAUCACUGAUAAAGAAUUUUGCCCUCAUUUUAGCAGACUGUAUUUAUUUUUCUAUGUACUGACAUUUUCUUUAGGUCCAACACAUUUGUACAGUUCUCAUCAAAGUAUAUGGAGGAGUUUGUGGGGCUGCUGUGUCAGCAGUUAAUGGCAUAAAAA